AUGCGCUUCUACAGAUCCGACAGCUCGACCGAAUCGAACCCGAAAUCCAGCGUGAGGUUCCCGGCCCACCUAGAGCCGCAGCAGAGUUUUUGCAAAUACGGAAUCGAUCAGCCUCUUCAGGAUGAAGUUCCUGAAUGCACUCGAAAAGGACUCAACCACAGCUGUUCCUGUCCUGGCAACAUGGACAAGAGCUGCUCGUUCCAGUCGAGCCCGCCAUCGCAGAGCGGGUCGAGAAAGGCGUCGCUGAUCUCCGAAGAAGACGUCAUUAAGCAGCGCUUAAUUCAGAAGCAGUUACGCAGUUUCUUCCAGCCGGCGAAGACCCGGAGAGCUUCCCUCAAAGCGCAUCAGAUACUCGAUUUGCUCGAAUGGCAGAAGCGGAGACCUCACAAAUGGAUAAUCCACCCCCGAAGCCGACUGAGGAAAUACUGGGAGUUGAUUAUUGUCGUCGUUUCCAUAGUGAACCUCAUCGUUAUCCCGAUAAGCGUCGCUUACCUCCGUGGUUUCGAGCCCCCCCACGUAAUCGUAUUCAACCUGAUCUCGGAUUUCAUUUUCGUAGUCGACAUCAGUCUCAACUUCGUCACCGGCUUCGUCGAUAAGGACAACCCUCAGACCUUGGUCACUAUGGACCCUAUUCUCGUCCGCAAUCAUUACAUGAAGACUUGGUUUGCUGUGGAUUUCAUCAGCACGUUUCCGGCGGACGAUUUUAUAUUACUCAUUCUGAAACCUUCGAAUGUGACGGACUACGUCUCGAUGUCCCAAGUGGUCCACAUCACCAAGUUCCUGGCUUUGCUCAGACUUCUCCGGAUCUUCCGACUCGUGCGCUAUCUUUCGAGAUGUCAGGAGUCGUUCUACACUUCUUCGACAUGGAUAUACAUUCGAAUACUCAAUUUGAGCCUCUUUAUGGCAUUGGUCGCUCACUGGAACGGCUGCCUCCAGUUUCUCGUCAACUCGUGCUUAGGUUUCCCACCGAAAUGCUGGAUUUCGAUCACCGGUGUGCGGCAUGCCCCGUGGUUCGAACAGUGGCAAUGGUCGCUUUUCAACGCAUUUUCGCAAAUGUUCAGCAUCUCGUACGGGACGUACACUCCUCAAACACUGGUCGAUAUGUGGUUCACUAUGGUAGGCAUGCUCACCGGGGCGUCAUGCUACGCACUCAUUCUUGCAAAUAUAGCCACGAUGUGGCAACACGCGGACGUUUCAAGGAAGCUCCAUAGACAGAAGAUGCGUGAAGUCGAAGACUACAUGUCGUUCCGACGAUUUCCGCGCGAUCUCCGUCUCCGAGUUCGGGACUAUUUCGAACGACGUUACCGAGGACACGUGUUCAACGAGGACGACAUCCUUGAGUCGAUGUCCGAACCAUUGAGAGAAAUGGUGAUGCUGCACAACUGUCAAGCGACGAUCCGGAUGGUGCCGUUCUUCGCCAAUACAGAGCCAGCUUUCAUUAAUGAGCUCGUAACAAGACUUAGAUUUGAUUUCUAUCAACCGGAUGACGUAAUCGUCAGCGAGGGAACGAUCGGCACGAAAAUGUUCUUCCUCCAGUCGGGCAAAGUGACCGUAGAAAAUCAGAACGGUGACUUGAUCGCGACCCUCGGGGAUGGUUCCUACUUUGGCGAGCUCGCCCUGCUGAUGACGUGUAAACGGAACGCAACAGUUCGCGCGAAAGUUCACUGCAGUGUGUUCACGCUUGGUUUCGAAGACUUCCACGAAGUACUCAGCCGCUUCCCAUUAAUGCGACUGGCGAUCGGUUCCCUCACGAAUGACAUUCUUGAAACUCGUGAUCGCGCCAUGUCAGCUAUUCAGGACGAGGAAACCGUCGUGUCUCUAGAGGAUUUCAUGGCCCGAAUCAACACACGUACCGAUCUAGCGAGAGACGACCUUCAGAGAGUUUAUGUAGAAAGAUGUUGA